AAAAAGCGCUCCGGCGGGAAACGCGGCAGCGGCGGCUGCGGCGUGGGGGUGCUGGGGACCCCCGCACCUCGGGGAUCCCCCGGCCCGACCUCGGGGAUGCCGCUUCGGGCACCGGCCCCGAGGCACAGCCCCUGGCGAGCGUGACAGCGCCUGGGAUCGGCAGGAUGGAAGGCACGGACGCCCCCAUCGCUGUCCCCACGGGUGUCCCCGCGCUGGCCGCAGAGCCGCGGUUCGCCCAGCGCCUCAGGCAGCGCCUGGAAGAGCAGCGGCUCCUGGACGGGCGCUACGGGCUGCAGCGGCUGCCGGGCGGCCGCGUGGCCCUGCCCGUGCUGCCGGAGAAGCUCUCCCAGCUGUGCCUGCCGCCGGAGCUGCCCUGCGAGCUGCUGCGGAUCCAGGACCCUGUGCCCUGCAGGGCCGCCCGCCGGCGCACGCCGGCCCGGAGGCUGCGGGACGAGCUGCGGCGGCUGCUGGGGCCCGCCUGGUCCGCGGAGCUGGAGCGGGACGUGCCGCACGCCUGGCACAGGCACGGCGACCUGGUGCUGCUGAGCGAGGACAGCUUCAGGGCUGAGCCCUGGGAGAGGCUGGGCUCGGCGCUCUGGGAGACGGUAGCCUCGGCUUUGGGGGCCCAGCGGGUGGCCAGGCGAGGCCGGGUGAUGCCGGAUGGGAUGCGCAGCCCCAGGGUCACCCUGCUGCUGGGCCAGCACGGCUGGGUGGAGCACGUGGACAACGGCAUCAGGUACACCUUCGACGUGACCAAGUGCAUGUUCUCCCCGGGAAACAUCACCGAGAAGCUGCGUGUGGCCUCGCUGCCCUGCUCCGGGGAGGUCCUGGUGGAUCUCUAUGCAGGCAUCGGCUACUUCACGCUGCCGUUCCUGGUGCACGCCGGAGCCGCCUUUGUCCAUGCCUGUGAGUGGAACAGCCACGCCGUGGAGGCGCUGCACAGGAGCCUGGUGCUGAACGGGGUGCGGGAUCGCUGCCACAUCCACAGCGGGGACAGCCGGCAGCUGCAGCUGCGGGAUGUGGCAGACAGAGUCAACCUGGGGCUGAUUCCCAGCUCGGAGGAAGGCUGGCCCGUGGCCUGCCGCGUCCUGAAGAAGGACACGGGUGGGGUUCUGCACAUCCACCAGAACGUGGAGACCCGGUGGGCGCCGGCCGCGCCGCGGAGCGCGGAGCCGCUGGCCGAGCGGGGCUCUGCGGAGGCAGCCAGCCCCGGCGGAGAGGCACAGCGCCCGGCAGAGCACGGCGGGGAGCAGGCGGCCAGGCUCAGAGCCGAGUGGCAGAGCUGGGCUGAAGGCACGGCCGCACGCAUCCAGGGGCUGCUGGCAGAGCUGCACGGGCGGCCGUGGCGCAGCAGCGUCCUGCACAUCGAGCCGGUGAAGUCCUACGCGCCACACGUGCACCACCUCGUGCUGGACCUCGAGUGCCGGCCUGUGCUGCCCGGGUAGCGGGGCACGGGCACCGCUGGGGCUCCAGCUGCUUGGGAGGGUGGCUGGCAGUGUCCUGCUGCCAGCCUGGAUGUGCCUUGUGUCCCCCAGUUGCCAGGUGGCAGCACUGCCCGGCAGUGCCUCCCCGUGCCCGGGGCACCCAGGGUUGUGCUCCCCUUGGCAGAUCCCCUCAGGAUCCAGACAAGGAUAGAGCAAGCUGGGCUCAGAGUGCCAGUGUUCUGCCCUGGCUCUGCCAGUCACUGCCCAGGUCUUGGACACGUGGUAGCACCUUGAGCCCGAUUUUCACACUGGAGAGAGCCACAGUGCUGAGAAGCCUUGGGUUCCUGCUGGGUUCAUUUCAGCAGGUCAGGGACAAGCUUUGUGCUUGUAUUUACCAGCAUGCUUUUUUAAUGCACUGAGAGCAAGUCUGUUCAUCCCAUUUCCUUUCUAUCUUUUCAGAAAUAAAGAUGUUUCAC